GUUCUCGAGAUGUUACGCGCCGUAGUUGCAAGUCGCAGACGCGACUGUCUCCUUGGCGGAUGAAGUUGUUGCGCUCGUUAAUGUGUCGUUAUGAUGGACUGUCGGUGCUACGAUGACGACUGCGUUAUACAUAAAUUGACGCUGGAUCAGAAAAUGUACGCGACGACGUUUUUAAAUGAGACCAACAAUGGAAAGAAAAAUGCCAUCAUGGAGAUUAAACGUUGGAUCCAGGAGAGCAACGACUUGUGCGCACGAACUGAUGAUUUUUUUAUCUUACGAUUUUUGCGAGCCUGUAAAUUCAACAUUGAGAAAACCAAGACCAAGAUGUGGAACUAUUAUAAGCAACGAUCCAUUUUGCCAGAGUGGUAUACGAACAAGGAUCCAUUUCGAUCGGAACUGCAGGAGUUAUUUAAUAUAGGAGUAUUUUUGCCUUUGCGACAGUUGGACAAUGAGGGAAGAAUGGUCAUCUUGUUGCGUGUCACUCGGCAUAAUCCGAGCAUACAUACCUUAUCAAAUGUGAUUAAGGUCGGUUUGAUGACUCUGGAUGUGUUGACGAGAGAUCACGUCGCAGGAUCCGUUUGUGGUGUAGUAGCAUUUAUAGAUCUGGAUGGUGUGAAAAUGGGUCACGUCUCCCAAUUACGACCCGAUAUUGUGCAUAAUGUGGUUCACGCGUGGCAAGGUUGCUAUCCUCUGAGAAUCCAGGCGCUGAAUUUUAUCAACGCUCCAGAAUAUGUCGAUGUAAUUCUACGACUCUUCAAGCGCUUAAUGAAUGAGAAACUGAAGCAAAGAAUACACGUCUACACGAGCAAAAUGAAGGACAGCUGUUUAAAAAAUGUACCAGCUGACCGUUUGCCGGCUGAAUACGGCGGCACUAACGGCACAAUUGACGAAUUAAAAGCGUAUUGGAAGAAAAUAGUUGAGGAUAAUCGUGACUGGAUUAUCGACGAUGAAAAGUACAAAGUAAUCAAAAAGUAAUAUAAAUCAUGUUAUAUAAAUUAUGUAAAAAGAGAAAGGGAGGAUGAUAAAAAGUUAGUAAAGGGUAUAGAAGUAAGGUUACAAUGGUACAUAUAUUGCGAUAAAUAAAAUACGGGGAGAAGGAAA